UUGUUUUCAUGGAGGAAUGGUUAUCCGUGUGGGGAACUUAGUUUAAAUUGAGAAAAAUUUAAUUUUUUCGACUGUAUCGCUAUUGUUUAUUAGCAAAUAAGUUGUUAGUUUUUUGCUGAUCAGAAUUAAGCAGAUGAAUUAUUACCUUAACGCAAUAAAUUUAAAAAUAGCAAAAUUCAGCAAUCAACUCUGCAAAUCAUGUCUCCAUUGUUGUCAACGACAGGAACGCCUCGGCCUAAGCUGCCGUUAACGUUACAAGACCUGCCGGACGACGUCUUAUUUAUAAUCUUUUCCUACUGUAACCCAAGCACAUUGUUUUCAUUGUGUCAAGUAAGCAGGCGACUCAAUGAAUUUUGCUCACAAAAUUAUGUCUGGAACGAGCCAUAUUAUUUUGCAUACACAUGUGUCCAUAGUUCUUGUAACCCAUUGUUAAGCAGAUCAGGCCCUUUUCUUCACAAAGAAUAUGUGAGGCUGUCGAGGAAAUGGCAGUCUAGAGAACUGUCUCGGAAACAUCAAGUCGUCAUCAAAUAUGAUCGUCAGUUACCAUGGUUAUACCUGCAAGAUGACGACCACCCUCUCAUCUACCUAGCCCAAAAAUACUCCAUCAACUGUUACAAGCUCAGUUACAGAAAAAGCAAUAAUUGUGGUGACAACAACAUCAACAACAACAUCAUCAACAACAGCAUCAACAACAACAACAGCAGCAACAACAACAUUAAUAGCAAUAACUGCUGCACUAUUCAUGCAAAAGCUCAGGCCACUUACUAUAGCAAUUGCUAUCACGACAUCAAUAGAUUCGUUGUCAGGGGUGGGUCCGUUCUUGCUGGUUAUAGAGAUGGCAGUGUUGCAGUCUUCCAGAUCCAACUUUGCAACGGACCAUCAUCAUUUUCAUCAUCGUUUCAAAUGAAACUGCAUGAGAAGGAAGUUCAAGCCGUAGAGAUGAUCAAGGGUGAUGAUGAUGACGUCAUCCUCACCGGGGCCUUUGAUGGAUACGUUAAGGUGACGCGGGUAAGGACGAACUAUUAUGAUACCCAUCAUCCCUAUCGUCUCCUCCGUAAUCACCUUCCUCGUUAUAACCUCCUCAUUGGAGAUAGAGUUCUAUCUUUGGCCUGCAACAGUUCUAACGUAUUGGCUGUAGGCACUGCAGGGCUGACCAGACUGCCACCAAUCAGCUUGUGGGAUCUCAACAGUGCUCAGGAGACAAAUACACUUGGAAGUAGAGAGCACAGAUUCGGAUCUGGCGUGAUGGACAUGUGUUUCAUGGCGCACGACAAACUCCUCCUCACAUGUGGCUACGACACUGCUGUCAGGCUGUGGGAUCUCAGGGUUGCCACUGACCAAUGUGUCCUGGAAUAUGAAGAGCCGUACGACAAUGCCCUCUACUGCGUGCAACAUGACUGGCACAACGUCAUCUUCUCAGGAAGCAGUAGAAGUUCCAUGGCACAUAUGUGGGAUGUCAGGUGGAGGAGUAGACAGCCCGUACAGACGUACAGUGCAAGGGACCAGAGUCCAGUGUAUUCUCUGGCCUUCAAUCACAAGUCCCUCUUUCUCGCUCUUGACGUCCGUCUUGCUGUCAUCCUAUUGGAUGGAUAGACGGAUGGAUUGAAAGAUGGACGAAUGCAUUGAUUGUUUGAUAGAUGGAUGAAUACAUUGAUUGUUUGAUUGAUGGAUGAAUACAUUGAUUGAUUGAUGGAUGAAUGCAUUGAUUGAUUGAUAGAUGGAUAGAGAUGUAUAUAUAUAUAUAUAUAUAUAUAUAUGAGUAGAUAGAUAGAUAAGCGAACUUGUUUUCUUCAUUGGAUGGUUUUUUUUCUUUGUUGCAGAUGAAUACUUUUCAAUAAACUUGAAUUUUAAAUAUCUUUUUUAGAAAUUCUGUCCCUUUUUUAAAAAUGAAUGACACAUACGUAUGGGUACGAUAAAAUUGAUGCAUGCGUAUAGUGUAGAUAAACCUGAUGUGUUCGAUUUUGUUAAACUAUUUGAAAGAAAUUUAAACUAUGGUGAAUUUAAGUAGUCUAUUUCUGUGUAUUUUCUAAUUUUUUCACAGUCCCUGCAUAUAAACAACUCUGUAUCUCAUGAAAUGUUAUAAAAUAUUUCAAAAACAGAUUCAAUCUUGAA